AUGAUAAAUGAGAAAUUUACUCAAAUAGGUGAGAAUGUUCUAGGGUCUGUAAUAGAUCAGAUAGUAGACAACUCAUCAGUUCACUUGAGCCAUCUAAAUGAAUUUCAAUCUUCAGCAAUUAUGCGUCUUUUACGGAGAGUUGCAGGGUCCAAAUUCUUGAACAAACAACCUAUUAUAGAAUCUGAGCCCGUACGCUUUGUUUUUGAUGAUACUACAGAUCCAGUUCCUUCAGCUCUAGGCUCAUCUAGCUUGGGGAUUUUAACAGUAAUAGUUAACCGAGCUAUAGUAUCUCCUAUGGGAUUUUCAAAAAAUCUACGUAACUUUGUUAAUAAUCCAAAUGCAGAAUGGGUAUUAGAGAUAACAACAGAAGGUCAGAUGGUAUCUAGUAUUCCAAUAAGUUCUAGUAAAUUUACUUUGGAUAUCCCAGCAUCUCCUAUAUCACCCGUACAUUACAAUAAUGAAGAGAGAGGUAGUACUAAGGUUGGAUCUUCUUCAUCUAAUACGAGUACUGGAAUACGAGAAAUAGUAUUCAAUUUUGUCAAAUCUUUUGAAAUAACUGACUUCAACUCAGACAUAUGUUUUGAAAUAAUAUGUAGAAUUCCUAUAGAAGCAAAACCUUUAGAAAUUACCUCAAAAAUUCCCUGUAGAUUAGAAAAUUGCAAUCAUUUACAUAAUAAUCCAACUGAUAAAACUGAUGUAAAUGUACAUAAUAGUAAAAUAUCUUCAGAUAUUGAUAGUGAUCACUUGAAUUUAACCUGUGGAGAUUGUAUAAAAAGUGAAGAUUAUACUUGUAAUUCAAAAUCUUUAGCUAAUACACCUAUUAGAGAUUUUGAAGUUGAACCUCUAUCUGAAUGUACAGGUAAAGGUAAUAUUAACAUGAAUUUUAGUACAAUUGGAGGUCCUUAUAAACAAUAUAAGUUAACAAGACUUCAACGAGAAAAGCCUUUGUGUUUAUAUAAUAAUGAACAUACAAAAGUUCAUGUUGGAAAAUGUAAUGAAGGUAAUUCUAAUACAGAAACUGAAAAAUUAGGUUUUGAACAGGCAUGGCAAGUUGAUUAUGAAUGUGUUCAUUUUGGUAAAGUUUUAAUACCUUUAAUAAACGCUGUUUGGGAAACAAUUGAAGAGUUACCAUUUUGUUUGGUAGAUGGCAUAAGUAAUUUUUCGUAUAAUAGUAAAUUUAAUGAAAAGGAAACUGAUAUUCCUGAAAGGUUAAAUACUAUCGGUGAAUGGACCUUAUUAUAUUCUUUGGAUAAUAGCAUUAAUAACAAACCAGACAAUAAUAGGAAUACAAAUAGUGAUAUAGAGAUAUUUCCUUCUGUAAAUGUGCAAGAUUAUGGUUUAAGAAAUCGGAAGCUUACAGAAAGUUCAGGAAGCAAGCUUAAUUUGAAUAUAAAGAAAGAUGAAAAGAAUGAUACAAAUACAUAUCAAGGAGUUCAAGACAAUGUUAAGUCUUUAUCAGUAGAAUCACAUUCUGGCUUACAGGAAACUAAAAAACUAUAUAGUGAUCCCGAAAUUGAAUUUAGAUGGUAUCACUUAUAUCCUCAUGUAACUAAAAUACCAAAGUAUGUACGUCCUGUAGCUGGAAUUUUAGAUUAUGGAUUAUCAAAUCCCAUUAAAACUUUGGGAUUUAUUCAAAUUGGUUUAUAUUUUAAACCAAAGGCAAAUUAUAAAUACCAAAUAUAUUUCAAAUCAUUUUUGAACAUAACACAAAAUAGAGCUAGCACAAGAUGGUUAUUACCUGAAGCUUUUGAGCCACAAUACUUUCAAAAGUAUGCAGAACUUGUAAAAUAUACCUUUGAACAUUUACCACGUUGGAUACCUAAGAUGUGUUAUUUGAUAAAUCACAGAAUUCCUAGAAAUAGAGCUGAUAGAUUACUUAUAGCUAUAUUUUGGUAUUUUAUCGCCUCAAUAUUUAUUAAAGUAUCUGAUAUUCCAACAUUUACUUGGACUAUAUUGGGUAUAACAUUUGUGAUAUCGAUGACAUAUCGUUUUGGAACCCAUAUAUCUUCUCCAACUCAUUUGGAACUUCUUUCUAGAGUUAAUAUUAAUUCAUUAUGGCAGGGUAAAGAAGGUCUUCAGGAUCAAAAUAUUGCUAAAGCUUUGCGUGUCUUACUUAAGCCUAAGCUUGAAAAGGGAGUACCUAUGGUUUCACAGCAAAGUGGCUCUAGUACUUCCAAUCCUGUAAACUUGGUAAACUUAACAAGUAAUGAUCCUAAUACAGUGGAACCCUCGAGUAUAUUAUUAAAUUCAGAAAGUACCGAAAUUGAUCAUGGGAUUUCUAGUAAAGUAUCCAAUUCUAGUUACUCUUCUAAUAUAUUAGUAACCCCAGGAUCUCAUAUAGAGGCCAUUGAUUCAAAUAAUUUAGGUAAAUUAUCAGUUAAAGAUACUUCAGUAAAACUUAAUGGAAAAGUUUUAAAUUCAAAUAUAACUAGCUCAAUUUAUACAAGGUCUGUUGAAGGCUUGACGAGUUUAUGUUUUGGAGAAUUAAGUGGGAAAAAUUCACCUGCAACUUUAAGUAACAAGGUUGAUUUAGAUUAUACUGCAGCAAAUUUCCCAUCUAAUUCAAAUAGUUAUAGUACCUUUAAUUUACCACUCAAUUUGUAUUUAGGGACUGAAAUCUUUCAGAGAUCUUAUUACCCUAUGUACAGUAUAAAAAGUGGGCAAGGGUUUAUUUGCGAUAAAGUUCAACUUGAAUUAUCAGAUAGUCCUCUAUCUAGCAAUUUACAUGAACCGAAUUCCUUUUCUGAAUCUAGUUUAAAUGACAAAUUUGGAAUUGUAGAGACUCCAUUCGGAGCCUUAAAAAUAGGAAUUCGUAGUCACUGUAAUGAAAACUUUGUUUCCAUAUUCUUUGAUGAUGAUACUGUUGAUCCUAUUCAAGUACAACUCAAUAAUAUAUUUAUGGUAGCUGAAACAGUCCAGUAUAGUUUUGCUUGGGUUUGUAAUGUAGCUGAAAAACUUAAGAAUGCUUUUAAUUUUGAAGAUCCUUUUAUUCCAGUAUAUACAUUUAUUAUUUUAACAUCUAUAGUGGGUAUUUUUAAUAUUGGUUAUUUAGUUAUUACUAACUUACCUUUCUGCUCAUUAUUUCGUUCUUUAUUAUUCAUAAACUUUUUAUUCAAUAUGCUUGAAAUGGAUCCUUGGAAUUUUGUUCAACUGGAAAUUUACAGAAAUAGGAAUCAAAUAAUAAAGCCAGGAUCUAUGGAUUAUUUUAGUAGACUAUUUAUCUCUAAAGUUAAAGAAUAUUUCCGAAUAAAUAAAAAUUACAAUAUAGAUACUAAUCUCUUAUUCAUUAUUUAUAAUUUAUGUCUAAAUGAUUAUUAUCCUGAUAGAUUUAUCACUACUCAAGCAAGGGGAAUUCAAAAACCUAUAAAGAUCUUACCAAUAAGUUGGGAUGAAUAUUUAUUCUUCUACAGUAUCAAGUAUAUAUUAUUGAUUGUAAUAUUUUUGGGGUUGAUAAUUAGAACGAUAUUGGAUAUCUUAUUAUCAGAUAUAAAUCGAAAAAUUAGAAAUUGUCUUUAUUUAUGGUGGUCUAGAAUUCCGGAUAUUAGAGAACUUGAACAUAGAUGUAUUGCAUCUUCUCAAUUUAUUGGAAAUCUUGAUAGACUUGUUGAUAAUAACAAAUCUGCAGAUAAUUCCUACUCUUAUUUUUUAGGCAUUAGACAAACUGAUCAAUUUAAUUUUGGAUAUAGUAAAGCUGAUAAUUUUUUGAGACAAUAUUAUUUUGGAAGAACUGCUAGCGUUAUAAAAGGGACAGCACCUUAUACAAAUGAAGAAAUUUCAAAUCCUACCAACUUGUCAGAAUCUAACUCACUGAAUUCUAAUUUACAAUCAAAUCCAAUUUCAACCUCAAAAGGGCUUAUUAGUUAUCUACUACCUAACACUACAGAUAAAAAUCAAAAUUUUAACCCCACUAUCGAUAAACAAGAACAGGAUAAAGGUGGAAUGAAUAAAAAGAGUAGUAUACCUUCAAGUUACGAAAUACUCGAAGCUUUGAUAGAUGGAUUUUAUAGUGGAAGUAAAUCUAGUGCAAAAUUAGAUAAUAAAGAGAUUAGUUUAGAUAACUCUCAACAAGACUACCAAAACGAGUCAACAAAAGAUAUGAAAUCACUUAAAAUAAACAAUCAAUUAAUUUCAACUGAGGAGAUUAAAUCUAGUGAAACUGAAGAAUCUUUAAUAUCCCAAGAUUCAUCUUUAAAAAAAAAUUCUUUUAUGGAGGAUUCAUCGAAUAUUGAAACACAAGUACAGAGCAAUAUAGAUUACAUUAUACAUGAAGAUAUAAAUCAUACAAAUUGUGAUAAUUCCAAUUGUAAAUAUGAACAUAUGGCUGAAACUAAACAAAACUCUCUCAGUUCAGGAGUUCAAAUAUCUAAUCAAAGUACUGAUCAUCCUGAAAAUAAAAAUACAAUUUCUCGGUUUUUUAAUUCAUUCAAAACACUUUCCCAAAAUGCAUGGCCUGAAAAAGUUUUUACUGGAGUAUUUUCAACGUCUAUGAAUAAUGAUAAUAAUAAUAAUAAUAGGUUGAGCACAUUUUCUAACGUAUACUCUGACAAUACUCAAAAUAUAUCAAUCUUAGAUGAUUCUAGAAAAUUUAUAAGAUUCCAAAACCCUCCAAAUAAUUCUUAA